AUCUCUACGAUUUCAUAUAGUGUGAUACAAAAUUGAGAAACGGGUACCUGCCCGAACAUACAGGUACUGAAAGUUGUCAAACGACGAAACAGAAUGAUGAUGAUCAGGGUGGUGGUCAGCUGCCUGUUCCUGUGCCUGCUGACCGCUCACCCGUUGACCGCAGAGGACCAACCACUAGCUGGAGAACAUCUCAAUCAGUUCCUCAUACAGGUAGACGAACGUGAUCUUGAGGCCGUGGCCAGGGAGCACGGCUUCAAACUGGAACAGGAACACCAGCUUAAAGAAAUUGGAAUAUACUCAUUGAUACAUCCAGAAGUUGCGACUCGAUCAAAACGCAGUGCUGACCUUCACCUCACAAAACUUAAGGAUGAUCCACGGGUAAGAGAAGUUUCACAACUCAAAGUGUUGGAUCGUGUAAAAAGGGAGAUAAUUUAUGACAAACAAGUGGAGUUUCCAACUAGGAACAUUGACCCUUCUGAGUUUUACCGUGCUGAGGAGAGAAGCUUUUCCACACGAGGAAUGCCUAAUCCAGACUGCCAUGAUAACUUUAAAUUGAAAUUCAACGACAAAUAUUACCGUGACUCCUGGUUUAUUUGCAAUGAAGGACAGACAGGAGGUAAAUGUGGUGUAGAUCUUCGUGUCAACAAGGCGUGGCAAGGAGAAUUCACAGGGCGCAAUAUCAGGGUAGUCGUCCUGGACGAUGGUCUGGACCACAGCCAUCCUGAUCUCCGUGGUAACUAUGAUGCUGAGAUAAGUUCUGAUUUGAAUGACAAAGAUUCUGACCCUAGACCUGAUGUAAGCAACCCUGAUAAUAGUCAUGGUACGCGGUGUGCAGGUGAGAUCGCAGGAGCUGCUAACAACGGUAUCUGCUCUGUGGGAAUAGCCUAUAACUGUAAAAUUGGAGGAAUACGAAUAUUGGAUGGUGUGGUCACUGACGCCUUAGAAGCCCAGGCAAUGUUACAUAAAGUUUCAAUGGUAGAUAUAUAUAGUGCCUCGUGGGGACCGCGUGAUGAUGGCAGGACAAUGGAAGGGCCCAAUCUAGCUUCCAAGAAUGCACUUUCUUUAGGAGUGGAAAAGGGCCGUGGCGGGAAGGGAUCCCUGUAUGUGUGGGCCACAGGUAAUGGUGGUAUAGCUGAUGACUGCUGUGGAGCUGAUGGCUAUGUGGGGGCAAGGGAGACCAUCUCCAUUGGCAGUAUCAAUGAUCAAGGGGAGCGGCCUUGUUUUAUGGAGAUUUGCAGCUCAACUAUGGCGACAGUCCCCAGUGGUGGUGAACCAUGCAAUACAUUUGGCAAAAGAAAUAAACCUCGGAUUCGUGUGGUAACAACAGACAUCAAUGGAGGAUGUAUCCUUAACUUUGAGGGCACAUCAAGUGCUGCUCCAAUGGCUGCUGGAGUGUUUGCUGUGGUUUUAGAAGCAAAUCCAGACCUGGGAUGGAGAGACAUGCUCCACAUCAUUGCCAUCACCGCUCGUAUCCCAAUCCCUGAAAAGACAGGAUGGCAUGUCAAUGACUGCGGUUACCAUACCAACCAUGAACUUGGCUUUGGAGUCCUGGAUGUGGCCACCAUGGUGGCUGUGGCUCAGACAUGGGGGAAUGUACCAAAGGAGAAUGUGUGUCAUAGUCCUCGUAUUACAGUCAACAUGAAGAUCAACAGUAACUUGUGUGUAGAAAUGAAGGUUGAGAUGUCCAAGUGUCAGAGUGACCCUAACCGCCGCAUCAAUUUCCUCGAGCAUGUCAUGCUUUAUGCACAUCUCGACCACAGCCGUCGUGGUGACAUUGAAAUCAAAGUAACGUCUCCCGCCGGAACCAUGUCCACAAUGAUGUACCGCCGGCCCAGGGAUGACAGUAAGGAGGGUAUGGACUUCACAUUCAUGUCUGUCCACUUCUGGGGUGAGAGUGCCUCUGGGGAAUGGACCGUUGCUGUGUGUGAUAACGAUGGUGGAUCUGACCGCAACAAUAAAGGUUUCCUACACAGCUUGAAUAUGACAUUGUAUGGAAUGUACAUGUCAAAAAAGCCGCGCAACACCCACAAACCAUAUGACCCACAGUACCAGGACCAAUUAGCCAUCAUUAAGGAAGAGAAAUCACUCUACCAGGAGGAAACCAUAGUAAAACGCAGCGAUAUCCUCCACAACAAGAAACACCGCAACCUCAACAAAAAGGUGAAAGAGGAUGAAGUAACAGCAGAUGACUUGUCAAUCCUGAUCUCCAAUAUUGAGAAGGAGUUAAAGGAACAGAAAGUUAAUAAACUCAGAAGUGAAAAGAAUAAGGUCCAAGGACAAGGGCAGACAAACACACAAAAACGCAUGUAUACAGAUAAGCAUAUUAAUGUUUUAAAGAAACAUUUUGGGGAUCAUGUUCAAAAUAGUGAGGACGAGGAAAUAGAGGAAGUUCUAGAUGAAAUAGAACGCAUUUUUGAAAAUAAAGAUCAAGUAGAACGACAGGCCAAUGUAGAGAGACACCUGUUUAGUAAACGUUGGACAGAAAAGCCUGUGAUACAGUUGGAAGACUUAUUAGAGGAUAUCUACAACGACAAGGUUCGAAAUUAGCCAAGCUUCAAUUUCUCAAAAAGAAAACCAAGUUUGAAUAUGAAAAUUUUGAAGACAAAAAUAAGGAUAAAAAUGUUAGCAUCAUUUGUACAAUUUAUAUUUGUUCAUGUUGACAGAAUCAAACUCAAGUGAAUGCUUUAGUCUUGAAAAACAGAAAUAAAAGAGAUAAUUUAGUACAGCUGAUACGUUCAUAACAUUAAUUUCAUUGUAACCUUCCCGACAGCACUGAGGUAACUUAGGUAGUAUACAUGUACCUGCUUACCAUAGAGACAUGUUGGAAGUAAGCAAUGAUUUAAUAAAAGAAGUAUUUAUGGCAAAAUGUUACUUUAAAGAACUUUUAGAGUGAACUUGGUUUUUGUGGUGAGAAUUUUGGACCCGUGCAAUGAACUGUCCUCUUUGGCCAUGUCUGAUUAGCUGUGCUAAUCUGUGUCAGUGUCUGUCAAGUUCAUAGACAAGCAGCAUUCAAUCAUGGCUAUGCUUUAUUUUUAUUUUAUUUGGUAGAAGGGUUGUCUUAUAUGAGAUUUUGUUCUAUUUUCAAUGUUCCUAUUCAUCAUGGGAGAAUGACCUAAGCUUUGUUCUAUAGAAAGUCUAUAGUUUGUGUAGUGUAACCUGCUGAUACUGGCCCUGGUUUCUUAAUAUAUCCUGCAACUAACAAAGCUAUUUCCUGAAUUGUUUGUUUGCUAUCAACAUCAGUUCUGAUUUACAAUUUGUUAUGAUUACUGUCUACAGGCAUUAAAGCUGUGUGAUAAAACACCUGAUAAGGUUUGUCAGAGAGUUUGACACCACCAUGAAAUAGGUCACUGUGAUUUCAGAAUAAAAUAGGUCACGGUGAUAUGAAAUAGGUCACAGUGAUAUCAUGAUAAAAUAGGUCACGGUGAUAUCAUGAUAAAAUAGGUCACGGUGAUAUGAAAUAGGUCACGGUAAUAUCAUGAUAAAAUAGGUCACGGUGAUAUCAUGAUAAAAUAGGUCACGGUGAUAUCAUGAUAAAAUAGGUCACUGCCAUGCUACCAUGAAAUAGGUCACUGACAGGCUAACAAGGUUUGUUGGAUGGUCAAUGGUUGUUAAAUUAUUUCUACUGCCAUUUUUUCUAUAGACUAGUCUACAAGCCGUGACCAUGGGUUUUUAAUAAAUAGAUAAAAUGAUUGAUUGUAAAAAUAGGAGACCCUACUUUGAGCAUGGUUGGUUGCUUCUUUAGAACAGUAUCCCUACUUUUAGUAUAAUUAUCACUACCAAUACCCACAUAUUGUGUAACUAUUUCUAUUGUCUUGUUAACCCUACUUUUAGUACAGCUAUAGGUAUGGUAUUUCUACUUUUAGCAAGGCUAUAUAUAUAGGUCUAGACUUCUCUUCAGAUAUAGUAACCCUACUUUUAGCAUGGAUAUAUCUAUAGGUCUAGACUUCUCUUCAGAUAUAUGAACCCUACUUUUAGCAAGGCUAUAUCUAUAGGUCUAGACUUCUCUUCAGAUAUAUUAACCCUACUUUUAGCAAGGCUAUAUAUAUAGGUCUAGACUUCUCUUCAGGUAUAGUAUAUAACCCUACUUUUAGCAUGGAUAUAUCUCCCUACUUUAAGUAUGCUUGGUUCUACAGAUAAGAUAUUUCUAUUUUUAGCAUGGAUAUAUCUUAGCCCCUUUCACAUUUCUGGUUCAACCAUUUCAACCAGCAAAACCUGAACAGAAAACAACAGACUCGGAUCUGAACUGAUGCCGACCUCGGGAUUAUUCGGGGUAUGGGAGGGUCCAGAUGUGCCUGACCAAAACUAAAAUACUGACUAUUGCUAGUUUGCAUUUUUUUUGGUAUCAAUUCAUAUGUAUCAUGAAUGCAACCCUCAGACACAGAAUUCCUACUUUUAGUAUAGUUAGUGCUUCUGAUAUGGUAUUCCUAUUUUUAACAUGGAUAUAUCUGUAGACAGAUCCUUACUUUUAGUAUGAUUGGUUCUACAGAUAAGGUAUCCCUAUUUUUAGCACGGCUGUCUCUAGAUACAGAAUCUUUUGGUAUAUGGUUAUCUUUAUAUGGUUUUCCUUAACUUUUAGCAGGUUAUCUCCUUGGAUGUGGUUUCAUUAUUUUCAGCAAAGUUGUCCCUUAAUAUGAAGUAUUAUGUAUUGCUGCUUUUAUCAAUGAUAUCUCCAACAAAAUCCAACAAUAGUCAAAGUAUCGCGGUAAAACGAAAUAUUCGGAUGAUAAUACUCAAUGGAUGUUCAUGUUUUAAGAUGAAAAAAAUUUUGAUGUAUAUACCAAGAUAAUUGUAUUCUUGGUUCUUAAUCUUUCUGGUACACUUAACGUGUUGAAUUGUUAUCUAUAAUAUAUACAUAUAAAAUUAAGAUUUCUGUAUAAUUGAUGAAAAGCAGCCUGAAUUGUCAUAAAACCCCACCGAACAAGCUGUGCUACAUUUUCCCUACCUAGUGACAAGUCUGACACUAAACAAUCCCCAGUAAAGGUAUCCUCAAAUUGAUGGAAUGAUGAUGCCCACAAUUAAGUGGUUUGGUAAUUCCUAUUGACCAAAGUUCUGUGUUAUAACUUCCCUUUUGUUCAGGAAGUUUUUGACCAAAUGGUUUUGAUAAUAUUAUAUUUGAUAUUUCUUUAUACAUUAGCUUUUAUGUUCCGUGUUUUUCAUCACUGAUGUAAUCUCUUGAUUCAAAGUUUUUUAUGUAAUAUUUACAAAUAUUAGACAAAUGACUACAAAACACAAGGUCAAAUGUCUGGUGUAUUUACUUGAUAUUGAAAUCCAUUGUAUGGCACUUUGCCAGGGUAAUUGUGAUUGGAAUACAUGUAACCUAUGAAUCUGUUUUGUUUCUAAAGAAACCCCUCAUCCUGUUAUGAUAUUUCAUGUACUAGUUAAUUGUGAUUUUGUUAAAUUUGUGAAAUUCUAAAAUUUGUUGAUGAAAUCUUUUACAAUUAUAUAAGAUAUUGUUGAACAAUAUGAAGUUGAUGAUCUAUUUCUGUAUGUGUUUAAUAAUGUUACAACUGUCUUCACAAAAUGAUGUGAAACAACCUAGAAAUGAUGUGUCUUCACAAAAUGUGUAAAACAACCUAGAAAUGAUGUGUCUUCACCAAAUGAUGUGCAAUUGACCUAUAUUGAUGUUAUGUCUCCAUCCAAAGAACAGGUGCUUCCAUUAGCCCCUACAUCAUAAGUAAGGUUACAGUAAUUAGCCCCUACAUCUUAAGUAAGAUUACAGUUAUUAGCCCCUACAUCUACAGUAAUAUAACAGUAAUUAGCCUCUACAUCUUAAGUAAGGUUACAGUAAUUAGCCCCUACAUCUUAAGUAAGGGUACAGUAAUUAGCCCCUACAUCUUAAGUAAGGGUACUGUAAUUAGCCCCUACAUCUUAAGUAAGGUUACAGUAAUUAGACCCUACAUCUUAAGUAAGGUUACAGUAAUAAACCCCUACAUCUUUAGUAAGGUUACAGUAAUUAGCCCCUACAUCUUAAGUAAGAUUACAGUAAUUAGCCCCUACAUCUUAAGUAAGAUUACAGUAAUUAGCCCCUACAUCUUAAGUAAGGUAACAGUAAUUAGCCCCUACAUCUUAAGUAAGGUUACAGUAAUAAGUCCUACAUCUUAAGUAAGGUUACAGUAAUUUCUAUGAUAUAUUGGUCCUGUAGGACUAUCAAUCUCAGAUUUUUAAGGGGGUGGGCCAAUCAAUUGAAGCACCAGGAUCCAAACAGUCAUAUCGGAGGCAUUAGGCUCAGCCGUGUUAACAUGUCGUUCCAUUUCUAAAUCUGUCAAACAUAUCAUUAUUUUUAUGCAAUAUUGUUGGAGUAGUUUUAAUAACUUUUUCUUCUCUUGUUAAAAAAUAAACUUCUUGCUACAAAA